AUGAGUCUCAAAUUCGGUAACGGCGAUCGAGCAACCAGCGUCUGCGAACAGAGUUACGAUCAUACUGCGGCCGCAAUGCCGGUUGCAACGACAUUAUGGGCGGAAUUGGCAGAAACGCACCAAAACUCGUCUUCUGGGCCCCCGGUGGUGAUUGCGACCGUUGUGCCAUCCUCACCCUCGGGCGGGCAGCCCGUCUCGAUUCACCGUGCCCCCUUCAGUCUCCUGAACGUCCCUGUUGAUGACAGCGACGAUGACGCUGCUCGGGCACCAAACUGCUUCAUUCAGUCAACUCCUGGCUCAAUCCGAGUCGUGGAGUCAGCCUCCGGCGGGGCUCGGAGCUUUCGCCUUGCCGUCAACGGCGCCGAGAUCAAGCCCGCGUACGUGGGGCCGCCCUUGGCCGUCAUUGCCCAGCGCAGGCCACCGAUGUUCCCAAGAUACGACGGUAUCUGCGAUGGGGAGUGGGUCCCCCUGCGAGGAAAGGAAGACUACACGCGGCCUGCCGACGGCACACAGAUUGUCUCGGGCCUUUACACUGGGCCGGUGGAUGUUUCCAUAACCACAACACGCACGCAGAGCUGGAGCACCACCAUCGACACGUCUAUCGGGUUCGAGGAUGUCCUCUCCCUUCUCAAGCGAGUGUUCCGAUUCAUUGUCUAA